ACUAGCAUACAACCGGCUAGCAACGAGACCCGACAAAAUGCCACCCAAACAGAAGCAAGACACAAAGCAGGAAGAGGAUUCCCUGACCCUCACUCAAGUAAAUGAAUUACUCCAGCAACAAAAAGAACUUUUUACGGCGCUCUUGCAACAACAACAGGAAAAUUUCAAAGGAUUUGUCAAGAUGAUAAUAGACUCAACAAACUCACGACUUGACACUUUUACCAGGGAAGUCCAAGAAAUAAAAACCAGCAUCAACUUUACCCAAAAAGAGGUAGACGACAUUAAAAAAAAUCUAAUCUGUCAAACUGGCCAUUCCAAAGACAUGCAAACGGAAUUCUACAAAGUAUGUGACGGCAUGCUUGUAUUAACGGACAAGGUGGACUACUUGGAAGGACAGUCAAGAAGAAACAACUUAGUAAUUGAUGGAAUUGAGGAAAAACCGGGAGAAACGUGGACUGAAACAGAGGAAAAAGUUCAAAAAAUCCUUAAGGAGAAACUGCUGAUACAGGGGCAAAUUGAGGUGGAGAGAGCUCACCGCACAGGAAGACAAGACCCUGGAAGACCUCGACCAAGGCCAGUUGUGGUGAAAUUUCUAAGAUACAAGGACAGAUCAAGGAUCCUACAAAAUGCAAAAUAUUUAAAAGGUUCCAACAUCUACAUUAACGAAGACUUUACAGAUGCCGUACGACAAAAAAGAAAAGAGCUCCUCCCAAAAUUAAAAGCUGCACGUGACAGAGGGGAAACUGCCUACUUAAGACAUAACAAACUUAUUGUCCACCCCCGCACCAGUACUCCAACACAACAGGCUCGAGUUCAACACCAUCAAGCAGCAUACUGAGAAUUUUUCACCACCCGACAAUAAAAACUCUGACCCUACUGAAGCAGGAAAUUCACAUACCCAAAAACAUGGACUUCGAAUCCUUUGAUGACCCUUCCAACCCUUUGAUGACCUCCAACCCUACUGACCACAAGACGUUUGACCCUGAGAACAACUUGGACCCGGACAAUAACUUUUUCAAGACCGACCGACCGCGAGGCAGCCAGCGACGACCGACCGUGAGGGAGCCAGUGAUGACCGCGAGGAAGCCAGCGACGAUUGCAGGGAAGCCAGCGACCGUGAGGAAGCCUGGAGACAACCAGCCUGCGACCACCGUGAGAGAGCCAACGACGACCGCAAGGGAGCGAGAGACGACCGAGAGGAAACCAGCGACGACUGCAGGGGAGCCAGUGACCGCGAGGGAGCCGGGAGACGGCGAGCCUGAGGCAGCCGGGAGACAACCAGCCAGCGCGCGUGAGAGAGCCGGGAGGCAGCCAGCCGGCGAGCGUGAGGGAGUCGGCGACGACCGCGAGGGAGCCAGUGACCACGAGGGACCCAGUGAUGACGGUGAGAGAGCGAGCGACGACAGCGAGGGAACCAACGACGGCCGUGAGGGAGCCAUCGACGACCGUGUGGGAGCGGGAAAUUCACAUCCCAAAAACAUGAACUUCCAACCCUUUGAAGAUAUUGACUAUAAGCCAUUCGAUCCCGAGAACAAUUUGGACCCAGACAAUAACUUCUUCAACAACAAACAAAGGGUAACAAACUCUGACUAUUACCUGGAUGAACAAUUCAACACUAAUAUAAAAUUGGAAAAUGCACUUUCGGUAAUACACUUAAACAGUAGAAGUCUCUAUAAAAACUUCACAAAAAUUAAAGAAUACCUGACUAAAUUCAAUAAAUUUAAAAUAAUUGCCAUAUCAGAAACUUGGCUUGAUGAAGAUAAAACAACUGAAAUGGAAAUAGAAGGUUAUGAAAUGUUUGCAACUAAUAGAGAAAACAAAAAAGGAGGGGGGGUUGCAAUAUAUGUAGACAAAGCACUUAAAUGCAGUAAAAUCGAGAGAUUGACAAACACAAUAGAAAACCUAAUGGAAUGUCUAACCAUUGAAAUACACAAUGAAAAGGCAUCAAAUAUCAUCAUAAGUUGCAUCUAUAGGACACCAGGAACAUGUAUUGACACAUUCAAUAAAAAACUAACAGAUAUGCUCAGUUACUACAACGAUAAGAAAACACGAAUAAUAUGUGGUGACUUUAACAUUGACUUAUUAAACCCAAAUAGACACAAAAAAACAACUGACUUCAUAAAUACUAUGUACAGCAACAGCUUUUUCCCAGUAAUCCUGAAACCUAGCAGAAUAACAGUUGACACGGCCACAUUAAUAGAUAACAUAUUUAUAAAUAAGAUUGAUCAUAAAAUGGAAAGUGGACUUCUCAUUAAUGACAUAAGUGACCACCUGCCUGUUUUUGCAUAUAAAGACCCAAGUAAGCCAUGGAUAACGAAAGGCAUAGAAAACGCAUGUAAAAAGAAAAACAAUUUAUAUAAAUUGUUUUUAAAAUUCAGAACUGAAGAAGCAGAAAAAAAAUAUAAGACCUAUAAAAAUAAAUUAGUAAAUAUUAUAAGAACCAGUAAAAGAGAUCAUUAUCAUGCACUAUUAGAGCAGAAUAAAGGUAACACACAAGAAAUAUGGAAAGUACUUAACCAAGUAAUCAGAAAUAGUCCUAAAAAAAUGGAUUAUCCAGAGUAUUUUAUCAAAGGCAAAAAUACUAUUUUGGAAAAAACUGCAGAAAUAGCAACUGAAUUUAAUGAGUAUUUUGUCAACAUCGGCAGUAACCUAGCAAAACAAAUUCCUGAUCCAACAGACCUGUUUGAAGUGGAUAGAUACGUAGAAAAAAACUCCUCCACGAUGUUCCUUACUGCAGUAAAACAAGAAGAAGUAUCAAAUAUUAUAAAAACUUUUAAAAAUAAAAAGUCAACUGAUUGCUUUAAUAUUGAUAUGACAAUAAUCAAGCAGAUUAUAGAAUAUGUAGUGCGACCUUUCACACACAUAUGCAACCUGUCAUUCAAAGCUGGUAUCUUUCCAUCAAAAAUGAAAAUUGCUAAAGUUAUUCCAAUCUAUAAAAGUGGAGAAAAACAUCUGUUUACAAAUUAUAGACCAAUAUCACUACUACCACAAUUUUAAAAAAUAUUAGAAAAACUAUUUUCUCGCAGACUUGAUAGUUUUAUACAAAAGCAUGCGCUGUUAAGUGAGAAUCAAUAUGGCUUCAGGGAAAAACGGACCACCUCAAUGGCAUUUAUGGAGUUUGUGGAAGCAAUAGCCACUAAUAUAGACAACAAAGAAUUUACUGUUGGGGUUUUCCUAGAUCUAAAAAAAGCUUUUGACAUAAUAGAUCACAGUAUAUUAUUGAAAAAACUAGAAAGAUAUGGCAUUAGAGGUGUAGCUUAUAAAUGGAUAAAAAGUUAUUUAGAAAACAGAUAUCAGUACGUGCAACUCAACAAUAAAAAAACGAAUCAACUGAAAAUCACUCACGGAGUACCUCAGGGGUCAGUGCUUGGUCCAAAACUAUUCAUCUUAUAUAUAAAUGAUAUCUGCAAGGUCUCAAAACUAUUUAAAUGUGUCCUAUUUGCUGAUGAUACAACUUUCUACUGUUCUGGAAUAAAUCUGAAACAGCUCCUGACAACCGUAGAAAACGAAUUAAACAAAUUAAAAAACUGGUUCGACAGAAAUAAAUUGUCACUUAACCUGAAAAAAUCGAAGUCAAUUGUUUUUGGCACAAGACCAAUCAAACACCAAGCUAAAAUUAUGGUAAACUCAAUUGAAAUAGAAAGAGCGUAUGAAACCAAGUUUCUCGGAUUAGUAAUAGACUCAAAACUAUGUUGGAAACCACAUAUCGAUAACGUAAAAAGAAAAAUAGCCAAGACCGUAGGGAUCCUCUGCAAAACCAAGGAAGUGCUAAAUAAGAGAUCCUUGUACACAUUAUACACUUCAUUAUUAUUACCAUACAUGACCUACUGUGUGGAAAUAUGGGGAAAUGCCUGCAAAACAAACACACUCCCUAUUCUCAAACUACAAAAAAAAGCAAUUCGAAUUAUUAAUAGAUCAAAAUAUACGGAACCCACAAAUCCACUAUUUAUUAAAUUAAAUACGAUGAAAUUUUAUGACCUGGUUGACUUUAAAAUCGCCCAAUUAAUGUACAAAGCCCACAAUAACCUGCUCUGCCAAAACAU